CUCAAGUCAUGUUGUCUGUCAAGCAAUUGGGCAAUUGACUCAUGGCUAUACACUCAUACACAAACACGCACUCACUCACUCACUCACACGCACACACACACACUCACAGGGGAAAUUUAAUCACUUAAAUGUGACAGUGUCACAUUAACAAGGACACUCCACUUCCUCCUGUUCCUCCCCCAUUCAUCUCCUGUCUUCCUCUUCUCCCCCGUCCUCUCUUUUUAUCCUUCCUCACUGGUCAGCUGCCUCUCGUGGAGUUCUCUGGAAAAUAACGAAUCAUCUGAGACACAGGUCAGCGGGAGUUCAGCAUGCCUUAUCUCUCUUUAUUCACUUGUUCUGCAAAAGUACUCUAUGCGCGUGUUCUUGGGUAUAAGUGUGUCGACAUUAGUUUGUUUGUCUCCACCUUUCAUCCCCAUUCAUAUUUACCCUGCUUGUUGCCUUAGUAACCACAAUUCUGCCACUGUCACAUUUUCCCCAAACAAAAACUCGACAGAUUGAUGACGUCAACAUACUUGUCAGGUCAGACUCACCUUUGCCUCAUGAGAUGACGUGGAGAGUGACAUACGAGGAUUUAGGUGCGUGAGGCUGUCUGGGUGUCUGAAAAGCACAGCGUACAGUUUUUUUACCUCCAGAUUCGCGAAUGAAACGUUCUUAUAAACUGAAGGAUGGAUCCAUAUAUUCUGAUUUAUGUGUUAGAGUACGGAUGCGAAAUAACUGACGCUCCACUAUUUCCUCUUAAACCAACACACCCACGCACAUAAGUCAUGCUCUAGUCUUGCUAUACCUUGUGAUCUUCAAAAAAUCCUUCUCACAGUUCUCAGUCAUAAAACUUUCACUUACAAAUGUAAAGAAGACUAAAUGCUUAGCAGUAAUUAACACAAAUGCUGACGAAAAAUUGAUGACAUUAAAGCUACUAUGUUGAGUUUCUUUUUAUGUUAAAAUUUUCAUGGUACCCAAAAGCAAACAGGACUAUCAGGGACAAGACUAGCAAUUUGCAUAUUGUCAUUUUAAUGCAUGAAGCCAGUGUGAAGGGGUAUGGUGUCAGCCAAAGAGCUGGAAACACAUUCCUGUUUUUAUAUAGUUUCAAAUCAAAUAUUAAUAAUAUAUGAUAUAUUUGAUGAGAUUUUUUUGCAAAGACAACUUUGUCCACUGGGGGCACCAAAAUUAACACAAGCAGAGAGUUCCUCACAGGAGCUUUAAGUAAAUGUAAACUUUAUAUAAGAGGAACAACAUCCACAUAUAUAAGACCCCCUUCCAAAGCCGACAUCAGCUUGUGUCUGUUGAGUUUAUUCCAAAAUAAAAUCUGGUCAAAACACAACGUCACCAGUUAUCCCUGAAUAGCAUCCAUUAAAGGAAGAGGCAGAUAAGGAAGUGACUAACUGAGGCUCGCUCCAAGAGCAAGUCAGUCUCCAUCAGGCCUCAAACAAGUGCCCAACUUUACAGCCCACUUAUACAAGUUUACAGCCUGGUGCAGAACAGGAAAGGGCCACCCCUCCACAUUGCCUCCCUAUGAUUCAAACAUGGUCACUUCUUGGGGUGUUAACUUCCCCAGGCUCCACUAAUUUGACUGAACAAAAUGUGUUGCCAACAUGAUAUAAAGGCUGGACUCAGUCUUUGACUUUGGAACCAGUGAGAGGAUGAGAGGGUUUGGCCAAUCAGAUAUAAGUGGGCUAAAAUGGAUAUCCUUUUUUCCUUUUUUGUGAGGUUGUAUGAGGAAACUAUUAAUGAUUAUCAGAACAGUCUGAACAGUCCUCAUAAGGAGAAGCUGGCCAGCAUUCUUGAAUCGAAGCUAAGCUCUUCACACCUGAACCACGUAGUAUAUUGAUGGUAUUUUUGUAAAGUUGUACAGCUUCUCCUUGACGUUAACGGCCUUUAAUAAAAACUGUGUUUCUUCUCUAUUAUGUCCUUUCCCAGACCAUGUUACGUAUUCUGCCAUCAGUAAGUAAAGGGUUUGGGUCUGAAAGUCCAAGGGCCACCACACACUGAUAUCAAAAGAACAUUUUCUGAAUAUUUCACAAGCGGGUUUGUUGCGUUCUCCAAAUUGUUCAAACAAAGGUGUCCUGGUCUCCAUGUAGGCCAAACGGUCUGUUGAGUUGAAAUAGUCUCAGACAGAAGUUGCCAGACCUGACAGUAAAUAUCAGUAUUUAACUUUCAGCACAAGACAACACCCUUUCUGCAAAGUAUAAACUUUAAUUUCCACCAAAGUGUUGAGCAUAAUCUAACAACAUCAACCUGCCAAUGCACAGAUAUCUUAUCCUCAUCUAAAACAAACAUUACAAGCACGGCAUUUAAUGUGAGUCAGGAAAAUAAAGGGAUGGCAUACAGAAAUACAAAAGUAAAUAUCUAUAUAAAAGGGAAAGCAUAUUAUAGAUUUGGCAGUGUCCCUUUAUGCUGUAUCUUUUCCAUAGUUUGAUCUGCAUGGUUCAUCCUUGUAACACAACACUAUCCACCAGUCAGUGGAUAUUACCCAGACUGCCAGUGUGACUGCCCAUGUUAGGAAACAGUAUUUAUGACAGGAAGGUCUAUGCAAACCUCAGCUUCCUCUUUGCUUUUAUGAUCGACUUCUUUUCUGUUUUCAUAGAGGCUGCUAAAGACAUAUUUAUGUCAGCUGUGGAGUUUGAAAACAGAGUGUACUGGGAUGUCUUUCUGUCCACGUGAGGAGUUUCAGUUGUUUGAAUAAAAUAUGAAUAUGUUUGAAUAUGAUCUCACCUUUCCAUCCUGUACUGAUUUGACUAUUCAAAUCAUGGUAAAGCGUGACAGAGCCGAGGAUAGAUCUGUGUACCUUUUGGCCCAAGUUUAUCCGGACACAAUGUUCGGCUGUUUGGAGGAUACAUCCAAAAGUCAACCAUGCUCUUCCUUCUGUUAAGAGGGUCCUGAAGUAUCAUUACUGUUACACUCAGACAGAGUAUUUUGAUUUGUUUUUGGAUUUGCCUUUUUAUUUGCCUCCUUUCUGUCCAUUAUUUCACCUCCGUCAGUGUGAAGCCAAAAAAGGAGGACACCCUCAACUCUUUCUCCUUACUUGCCCGCUUCACUUCAAAACUCCAGCCGUAUACAGCCCUGAGACUGACCCCGAGCUGUCCAUGGAGUGCACUGAUUCAGAAGCACACUCAACCUUACCCACAAAAAAAACAGACAUGCUCAAUUUUAACCACUCCAGUAAACCAAUGUUUGCAGCCGACCUUUUUUCGAUGCUACCGGAUGUUGGUUAACAUCUGAUCCUCUCCGAUACUGUUGGCGUGUCCAAAGAUAUCAAUAAGUAAUGAUGUUGAGGAUGAAAUUAGAAUAAAGUAUCUCUGUGUGGUGCCAACACUGUUAACAGUAAAAUACCGUCACAAAUGGUUCUAAUUAAAGACAAACACUGAUGUUAAAAAAUCAUUUCAAAAGUUUUCUCUUUUUUUAGAAUUUCAAAGCUGUAACAGCGAUUUUUCAGAUCUUUUUAAAUGUAAUAUUAUUGAGUUCCAUGUAAACAAACUCAAGUUCAUCCUCAGCAGAGUUCAAGGACGAUCAGCGCUGCUGUGUUUGCUCUGAAGGCUGAUGAGGAAGUAGUCGACACAGGAUUAUUUCACAUGGAUAGUAUCGUGGAAUAGUGAAAACGACAGGGUAGCUACAUGUGUGCGUAUGGGAUCAAUAGGUGUACAUGUGAGGGCCAGACAGUGAGGGGCUGAGUGCUAUGACCCUGCAUUUGUGGGACAGUUUUCAGUAAACUGGACUGAACGCUGCUGAAUGAGUGCUUUAUUACUGAUUAACCUGCCCAGUCCAACAAACAAAACUGAAUGAACUUGACAUUAGCUGCCUGUGAUCACGUACUAUCAUUAAAAUAAUGAGGCGCUUUAAACAGAUUUCAGAUUUUACCAUGCUAGUUGACUAUUUUCUUGUGAAUAACCAGGGAAUUCCACCUUUUUGUGUCUCUUUGUUUUGACACUAGAAUAUAGUGAACAUGAAUGUACGAUAAUUUCAUGUGUUUCAAGUCUUGUGGAACAUAUUUUAAUGAUUUGCUUGCCUUACUCGAAAAGUUAAAGUGUAUAUCAGCCGUGUUCCCUUUACUCUUGCCACUCUCCUCUGAGUCCGUUUAGCUCAAAUAUUCACUUUUCCUUUUCUCUUAGCCACACUUUCCCUGUCUGUCUCCCUCUGCCUCUCUCAGCACACUCACACAAACACAUGACAAAUGACACAAAGUCAUUCAUGAAAAUGUUGCACCACUCUGUCAAGGCUUAACCACUGGAUUAUGGGAUUAGAGAGAGGGACAGAUCUAGAACAUAAACACAUGAAUAAAACGCACACCAGACAAGCCUCUAUGUGUGUGUGUGUGUGUGUGUGUGUGUGUGUGUGUGUGUGUGUGUGUGUGUGUGUGUGUGUUAUGUUGUGGCUUUAAUUAUCCUGCCUUGUGGACUUUAUUUGUACUCACUGUAAGCAGCAAUUUGAAAACAAAACAGCAGUAGCUCACUAAGCCUGCAUUGACUACUGUAUAUGAUAGAAAAACAACAGUCAUUGAACAUUUCAUUUUAAGUAUUUAUCUAGAAGUCAGGUGAUGGUUUGACAUUUAGUAAGUGCAUAAACAAUGAAGACGAGAAGGUUGAAAUCGACAGGAGUUGGUUAGAUACAUCUUGUUAGAUUAACUAGUAAAAUUUGGUGGUUCUGGGAGGGUUAACAUCUUAUAGCUGAUGGUUUGGUUUGCAUUUGGUGGUCAUAAUGAGGCAUCUGUGUUGAUUUUAGAUUGUUUCAUGACCAGCUAAAAUAGGGUGACCAUAUGUCCUUUUUGUACCUGGAUAUGUCCUCUUUUGGGCGGCUGUUCGGCCUGUUCGGUGGUAGUUUAUAAAAUCCUUCAAAUGUCCGAGGUUUUGUAUGGAAGUUUUGAGUUUGUGUAGCAUGGACUAACUGAGUUAGAAGCGCGUAAAAAACACUCAACCCGACCCAAAGAACCCUCAGAAUUUUGUGUGUGACUCUUUUUGGGGGUUCAGAAUAUGGUCACCCGAGCUAAAAACUCCUUAGAGGAGCUUUAACAGAGAUUUAACAUGUUGGCAAAGUAAAAUCUGUCUUCUUGUCUAACUCUCAACAGCAGAACAUUAAAGGCAGAUUUCUGAACCUUUCUAUUGAAAGAAGGGUUAGCAUUAGAUUAGCAUAAAAAGCUCAAAACUUACAGCUGUAAGCAGACUGUUCUAACAUCCACACAGGAGUGUUAUCUUUUGUUUGGCAGCAAUAAACACACACUUCUCGAGGACACUAAAGAAUACGCAGACAGGAAGAGUCUGGGAUGUGAACCACCAACUCUCUGAAAGAUGCUCGCUCUGGGCCUUUCCACUCAACCGCAGCCUUAAGCUGCUCCUUGCUGUCGGCAACUUCCUGUUCAUCUGUCUGUGUAUGUUCCCGUCUUGUGCUGUGACCUUGCAAUGUUGCUAAUAUUCUUUAACUGCUGCUCGCUGCUGCAUAUCAAAUUGUGCUUCUGUGCUGUUUCAUAUUUGUAAUGACUGCAGAGACAUCCUCAUUAUGUUACUGCACGCUGAGCAGAUUCUGAGGGGGCCAUGUUGUGUUUUUUUUGUAGGCAGAUAUGAAAUAGUAGCAUUGCAUUUUAUGACAUGAAUAUGAAUCUUGCCUGUAAAUUGGAAAAAAAAGACGAGACUGUGGAGAAAAAGGAUAAUGAGAGUGUAAAAGGUCAAGAGAAGAGACAGAGAGAGGGAUUGGGGAAAGAAAACGGAGAAGUCUGAAGAUGAGAGUGAGUAUUUACAAACAGUGAUGUGUGCAAAGCUCUCAUAAAAAUAUCUUCUCCCUCUUUUUCUCUCUCUCUCUCUUUUUCUCCGUAACUCUCUGUCUCUCUCUCCUACACUGUAUUGACGGAUGACGGCAUGCAGGCAGAGGAUGUGAGGGGAUGAAUGGAUGGACACGGGAGAGCAAAAAGGAGGGGGGGAGAUGACAUCAGUGCAGAGUCUGUAACCAGCCAAUCCACUCACAGCCUCCUGCCUGCUUUCUCCGCCCUCCCACACCUCUCCCUUGUUGCUACGGCAGCAGCACCAUCCCGCCUGUGUGAGGCAUUGUUUGGGGUUGGUAGUAAUGCUGCGUGGUGUAUAUGUGUGUAUGUAUGUUUAUAUGGGGCACAAGAGGCGGCAAUCACCUCUUUUUGUCUCACCCAAUCACUCAUUCCUCACCUCCCUCCCCUCUCUUCAUCCUUCACUUUAGCUUCCUCUUCUACUCUCUUGUGUCUGUCAUCUUCCAUCUCACCUCUAUAUCUUCAGGUUCAAGGUCUUUCUAUUUUUGCUGCAGUGCUGCUACCAACUAUUUGCACUUAUGAUUACUUACAGAAAACACAAUUCACAUGCACACUUAUUACAACCAAGGUGCCUUCUUUUAAUUGUGGUUUGACCUUAUGACACAAAAUUGUAUUUAGUUGCAUUUUACAAAUUACAAAUUCAAGACACAGGGCAGAAGUGGUUUUUUUAAUGGUUUUGGAGAAAAUGAUGGAGGUCUCUUCAGCUUUUAAAUCUCAUUUUACUAGCUAGCUGGAUAAUGCUCUCGUGAAUGUUUUAACUGUGUUAAAAAAAACGAUGUCCAUAUCUCUGAGAAAGUUCAAAAGACUUGGGGAAUCACUGAGGUAGUUUAGCUACAGAACACUUUAUUUUCACUUGGCCUUUGUCCUCAAUCUUCACGGCUCUGAAUCUAUCCUUUUUGAAAAUUGACCCAUACUACAAAUCCAGAAAAACAAAUGAGUCCUGUGCGUACACGCUGUGCAGUUUCCAACAUAAUCCCGUUUGUAAUGAAUCUGAGAGUGAUACAGCAUUAAAAUGGUAAUUUUGUUUUAAUGUAGUCUGUUUAUCUUUCAACAGGAACGUCUGCCUAUCUUGCAGCCAGUCUGCUUCAGCUCGGGUGUCUGCAUUUCCCCCCUCUCAUCUACUGCGGUGCUGCUCUUUCCUCUCGUAACCAUGGAAAUGAGAUCAACAUGCAAAUACCUGAGCACGCUCGCUAAGGCUGUGAUAGAAAAUGCAAAUUACAUUUCCGCUUGUAGGAUGACACACCCACACACAGAUGCACACUCAGACGUAUGCACACACAAGUGUUUAUGGGGGAACGUACGCAAGCACACCCACCUGCAGUCCAGCACUACAGCCAAGCUGGAACGGUCAGGAGGUGACGUGAUGACUCUACGCCUUCAAUUACAAAAAUCACCAAGAGUCGGGUUUGAGGCUCUUAUUUUUGAUUAAGAUUCCAAUAAAAGAAAAUGUCAAAUAUUAACAUUAAAAUUUAAAUAUGUAAUGAUUCAGUUUUGGGUGUUCAAUUAAAUAACAUGAUGACAGAAGUUACAUUAGCUCAAAGGUGUAAAAGCUGAUUUUUUUGGUCGGGCUCAUGUUACGACACUUACACCGAAUAAUUCUGAAGUUAUAGCUGAAAUGUUUGCCACCUUUGCCCACUGCUUUGUGUGACUCAUCAGGUAGAAAAUUAGCAUAUAAUGUUUAGUUUUGCUAGAAAUGCCGGAUGGUUUAAUCAGAGAGGUGAAAUCAUAGACUGUUUGAUACGUCUCUCACCAUCAGUUGCUGCUGUGGAGUUUUGAGACCUCUCAAUGAUGGUCACUAUACUGGACUAACUCAGGACUAACUCAGCCUAACUUUCAGUAGACCUAGUAUGAGACCAUGAGAUGCGGUUUGAGAUUAUUUUUCUCUGUCAUGUAUUCGGCUCGGUCGAUUUGAAACCGGUCUAAGUGUUCUGCACAGACUCCGGUACUUGCUGGGCCCUGAGUUAAAUAGCAUGGAUGUGUUUCUGGGAAGCCUAAUUGUAAACAAAACCUCAACAGAGAAAGAAAAGAUGUAAAAGAGACAAAACUUUCCCAACAAUCAGAGCAGAGCUGUCAAAUUGAUGGUGUUCUCAUUGUUCCGUGUGCAUCCUGUUAGCCUCUCGCUAACGUCUUUUCCCGUCAACCAGGAGACACUCUGAUAGUGAUGAGCUGAAAGGGUGCGUGCUGUCACCUACCACAGCAAAGGCUGACAUGUUUGUCAGUUAUUCUAUUCGUCAGUAUUCUAGUCGCUCGACUCAACUGUGCGUGUGAAUGUGUUGGGUGUGCUCGCUUGUCAGUUAAGUCAGCUGUUCCUACAGUUACACAAAUCUGCAAUCUUUAUCCAAACAAAAAGACCUUCCACAUAGUGUUGAUAAAGAAAUUAUCCACUUUGACCAAAACUGUUCUGGACCAGACUGUAAACAUGACUGUAUUUACUUAAAAAGUGAGCAUUUGUUUUUAAAUAGGAGUGUCUGUGGUUUCCAGUGGCUUUACAACCAGCUCCAAGUGGACAUACAAGGAACUGCAGCUUUUAGCUCUUUCUAAUCCAUUUUAUUUCUCAAGAUCAGAAAUUGCCACUUGGGUGAAAUAUAAAACAUAAUUCUGGCCAUAACAUAACAAACCAAACAUGUGAGAUAGCUAAAGAUGGCUAAAUAGCAGCAUUUUAAUUAUUGAAUGUAAUUUGAAUUCAAUAAUGAUAAUAUUAAUUGUAAUAAUCUGUCCGUAUUUUGUUAAUAAUCACCUGAAUAAAACUGCCAGGAGCUAAAAGGACACUGUUUAUCGUCACUCACGUCUAUGGUGUUUUUGUGGACCGUCUUUAUUCUGCUCUUUUCUAAAGUCUCUGUGUUCAUGAGUAAGAGCCAAACUCUCCUGUUUGCCUCACGGAGUCUUAUCUCAUUUCCCUAUCGCCUCUCGUUUCAUUGAUGGCUGUUUUUUCUUUUCUUUUAUGAAUGAACGGCAGAGGAGGGAAAGGGGACGGGAAACGAAACGCCGUGUGAUUGGCUCGUAUCGGUUGACGUCACCUCCGCCAUGACGCUAUGCAGCCAUUCAUAAAAAAAACGGAGAAAAAAAAAGAAAUAACCUAGAGGAGGAAGACUCGGAGAAGGAGAAAGUACGAGGUGACCGGACUGAGCGUCAAGUGCGGUUACAAUGUGCAGAUAGAGGAGAGGCGCAAAGGGAAUCCACCGCAGGAUCCGCGCGCCUUGUUCGAGGGCUGUGCGUGAAGAAAGAGGGAAGCAGAGAGGAGAUAGACGACGGUGAAGCCUACAUACGCAGCCUGAAACGACGUGCGAUGGAGGACCUGGGUGAGAUGGACUGUCCUGUGGUGAAGCGGCUCUUAAAGGACGACAGCGCCAAGUGUCUGCUCUUGGACUGCCGCUCCUUCCUCGCCUUCAGCGCCGGGCACAUCCGCGGCGCAGUGAACGCCCGCUGUAACACCAUCGUCCGCCGCAGAGCCAAGGGCUCCGUGCUGAGUCUGGACCAGAUACUGGCAGGGGACGAGGAGGUCCGGGGCCGCGUCCGCUCCGGGAUGUAUUCCGCAGUUGUGCUGUACGAUGAGAGGACGCCGGACUCGGAGACAGUGAAGGAGGACAGCACCCUGACUCUGGUGCUCAACGCGCUGUGCAGGGACUCAUCCGGCACACGCAUAUACCUGCUUAAAGGUAAAUACGAGGUCCAUGAACACACUCGGGUCAUCUGUAUGUAUGUAGAAAAAGAAUAAACUCAGCAACACCACUAUAGUCAGGCAGUGCUAGACUUUGGCCCUGAAUAAGUCCUUGAAAAUUGUUUGAAUAUUGGAUUUGAUUUAAAAGCCUUUUUAAACAAUACAAGUCUGCUUGUAAUAACUAGUUGCCCAUUCUUAAAAUCAUUUUUUUUGUAUUUUAUUUUGAUAAGGCUCACUGACUCAUAUUAAAGUCUUAAAAUAAAACAAAAAAGAUUUUUUAUUUUUUAUUUUUGUGGAAUCUGACCCUUUCUAUGUAAUGGAAAUAACCUAAAACAUUUAGCAUUUUUAUGUAUUUAAAUAAGGCUCACUGACUCAUAUUUAAGUCUGUUUAAGAAUACAUCCAUAUUCGAAACAUCAUUAUAGUGUUAAUAGAAUGAGUACCCUACUUUAAAUGGUUACGACUGCAGCUUUUCUGGACCAAUGUUCAUAUUUUUAUUUUACAAACAUGUUUUUAUGUAUUUCCCUUUCAUUGUACAUUAUAUUCAAUAUUUUUUUAAUCCUCAGUUAUAAAUGUAGGAAAUAUAUGUCCAAAUGUGUGCCUGCUAUUUUUGCCAUUCUUUUUCAACACACACACACACACACACACACACACACACACACACACACACACACACACACACACACACACACACACAAACACACAUGUUCAGUCACUUACAGCUACACACAUUCACACACAGUCCAAUGGCCAUGAGCUGAGUGAAUGAGGUAAUGCUGAUGCGUAGAAGCCACUUCAAACCAGAGAGACUCACAGGGACACACAUGAUCCCUGCAGAAAACACUUUUGACUAUUUGAAGCUGUAAAAUGUAAAAUCAACACUUGAAUUACCCACCAGGCUAAAUUUAGAGUGUAGGAAAUCUGAAAACCAAAGCUGCUGCAAGCUGUGGCGCAUUAUUUUUUGUGUGUGUGUUGUGCAUCCUAAUGACGCAGACGCUUUGGAGCACAGGAGUGUAUGUGUGUUGCCGGUAAAGAUGACAUUUUUCCUGGUUAAUCUGAAUUGAUCACAGAGGUGCAGAGAGCUGCUGUCCGCCUGCAGAUGUAUGAAAAAGUGAAGGAUGAUGAUGAAACUGUUUUCAAUCCACAGCUGUAGAUACAUGACAGAGUAGGUCAGGGGUCGGUUUAAGAGACUUUGUGUUACUGAGCGCAGAGGAGUAAAUCCUGGUGCAGAUUGUGUUGGAUGUACAUGUAGGUCGCAAUGCUUCCUGUCUUUAAAUACCCGUGGCCUCUUACACACACGCGCACACACACACACACACACACACACACACAAACAAACAGUCCAUAGUAGUGAAUGAGUAGCUCAUGUUUUAUUACAAGAUUUCCUAUGAUAGUAUUUUAUUGAAUGAUACUCUGAAGAGCGAAGGGAAGAACUGUAUUUGAUCACGGUGCCUCUUUUCCAGGUGGCUACGACAGGUUUUUCACAGAGUACCCAGAGUAUUGUUUAAAGACCAAAUCCUUGCCGUCCCUCACCAGCCAGUCCAGCAUCGACUCUGCCUGCUCGUCCUGUGGAACACCACAUCAUGAUCAGGUAAAACUCACCGGAAGAGUGACCUUUACUAAACCAAGUCAUCGAUGUCGACCUGACGUAGCUUAUGUUUAAUCUGCUUCUGAGUGCAUGCCAGUCAUUGUUCGAAAAAAUGUUUCAGGCACACAUACCAGAAGGUAUGAGACCAAACUGCAAUGUCUCCUUUUUCUCUUCUUUUGUUUAUCACAGUUUACACCAAAAAUAAGUGUUUUCUGAUGAUCAAAAUCGUGUCUUUUCUGCUUCAAUGAUCGAUUCAGCCGGUGAAUGAAACUACCAGCUGUUUAAACUGACAUCCUGUAGGAGUCAGCUUCAGUUUCUACUUAUUGACACAGAUAGCUGCCAUGAGCAAACACUGAAAGUUGUUUGCAUUGCAACCCAACUGUCAUUCCGCGUCCAUUAAACCGUUUCCCCCUCUCAGCCUGGGAGUGUGAGUCUGGUGACAGCGUGGCCAGAGGUUUCUCCAGCUCUGAGGCCAAACCGCACAAUGUACCCUGUUUAUAUCUUAGUUUUUUAAGGUCAUAACUCACAGCUGAUUCAUUUCCUAUAACCUGGAUUACCUUGUUUUUGUCAGGCAGUGAUCUGCUGUGUAGAGUCACAUGUACUGUGAGUCUAAUUACUGAGAAACACACGAGGAGAGAGAGGGACGCAGACAAUCCAGCCUCUGUAUGUUUCUUGGAAAGAACAUUUGAUUGUCUUGCCCACAUUAUCAGGUGGAGGUUAUUUUUUCCGGCACAAAUAGGUAGUUUCCUGUUGCAGGAAACUUAGACAGGAGCAGAGUGCCUGGCUUGAUGUCUCAUUUACUACUUUCUCUCUCAGCCUCCUUCCCCUUCUUCGCAUUAUACAUCUUUCAGCCGUAUCGAUCGUUUCCUGAUGCUGUGUCAGUACUGAGGUCGUCAGCGGUGAUGACAUAAACAGACAGAGCCCUCGUCAAUAAAUCUCACUGCCGGUAUGGACCGCCAUUCAGCUGACCCUUCAGAGCCUUUGAAAGGGGAUACAGUACUUGGACUCCUUCAUUAGAGCAGGCCUGAGAAUAUGAUUUAAAAAAAAGAAGUAGGAAAACUUAGCCACUAACUGGAAAAAUUUGAUCAUUUUUAUGACAUGCCAGUAAAAAACAAAACAUUGGAUUAGGCCUGAGAAUCUGUUUCAAGGAAGAGAAAAGAUUUGUUCAUGAUUAUAAAAUACCACAAUGUAUGUAAAAACUUGGCCAAUAUUUUCUAUCAACGUUGAUAUUUGUUGAGGUCUCAAACUCAGAGAGGGGAAACACAAGCUUCUAUAUUUUCAUGUUCUCAGAGAUACUUCCUUCUUCUUCAUAAUGUAAUAAUGUUGUUGGACCUUAGCAUUCAGCUCACAGUAAUUUGAUGUACUGUACAUCAUGUGUUUGUAAACUGCACCUUUGCGAAUACUGUAGUUUAUGUAAGUAAAUGUUAUUUGUAGAAGCGAGUAUCUCCAUGUAGAGUUAAAUUGGCCAUCUAAAGAUGUCGCUGUGGAAGAUAUUUUUCUCAUCGUAACAAGAAAGUACCAGGUGUCAUCUGUGCAGCGUGACAAAAUGGCUGAUAAAAACAACGAAGAUGAAUCUGUUACGCUCACUGAUGAAUCUGGAUCAUCAGAACGUUCACGCUGAAUUCUUCACCUUCUUCACGUAAACAUUAGUCAGCUCAUCAGAGACAGCAGCUUGUAGAGCAAGAUGUGUUUCCAUAUGGUGAACUCACUCGCCUUAAACUGGAUCUAACAAACUCAAUGUAUCAUAUGGACCGACUCUUGAUAAAUGAAUGAUAAGUAUUGAUAAUGUGAUUGACAAGAUAUUUAAGUGAGGUCAGCUGAAGUCAUCCGGUACGUGGCCUCUGCUCAGACAGUGAAUUCUUUGUUUUAGAUAUAAGCUGUUUCUCGUUUCGCUGGACUGUGUUUAAGAUGGCUGGCUGAGUAGGAGGUGAUUCUUCUGUCAGUGACUCAGUGAACUGACCGAACGAACGGAUGAAUUAUUGACAAAGUGCCUCGGAGCAGAAAAUCUGCCUCUUCACUGCUGAUUCAUAACCAUGUCAUAAAUUAAUCAUCUUCCUCCCAUCUGUCUUUUGUUCAGGGGGGGCCGGUGGAGAUCCUCCCGUUCCUCUACCUUGGCAGCGCCCUCCACGCCUCAAAGAAAGAGGUUCUGGACAGCAUCGGGAUCUCCGCCUUGCUGAAUGUGUCCGCCGACUGUCCGAACCAUUUUGAGGGGGCGUACCAGUACAAGUGUAUCCCUGUGGAGGAUAACCAUAAAGAGGACAUCAGCUGCUGGUUCCUGGAGGCUAUUGAGUUCAUAGGUCAGUCAGUGCAUGUGUGACAGAAGUGUGAGUGAGUGUGGUUUCAAAGCAGGGCGAAUGCAUUUCCCAUGGUGGGUCAGCUUCAGAAUGUUUUGAACUUUAUAAGGCAGAUUUUAAAGUCUAUGAUGGGCCCCCUUGUCUUUUUAGAUUGAAUCUAAAAAAACAGCAACAAGACAUAUUUAUUAAUUAAUUUAUCUAAUGUUUAUUUAACAGGGAGAAUACGUACAACAUUGCCACAAAAGAUGGAAAAUAAGAUGCAUACAAGACGUCUAGCUUCGACUAAUUUGCAGUCUUAUAUAAAUAUACUGAAUACUAUAAAUGCAAUAAUACAAAUACAGUGGAUGAUACAGUGAAUACUAGGUGACAUGAAUAAAUAAACACAGCUACAAAAGUUCAAGUAAAAGAUUUUCUGUUUGAUCUUCUGAUCGUCCCCUCGAGAAAUGAUUAAAAAAAUAUAAACUCUUCCAGAUUUAGAGCCAGUUUUGAAGAUAUCCCAGUUUAAUUUUUGAGCUCAGACAUAAAAACCAAACAUAGUCCAUGUACUCUAAUGUUAUUAUGCUUUAGUCAAGCAAAACAGCAGGUAGGGACAUUUAAAGGAGCUAAGGUGAUCAACAUUUUGCAAUAUUUGUUUGUCAGUUCAGUGACGAUAAACCAGAUUUUCUUCUGUCUGAUUGACAGAUUUGUAUUUAGUCAGUUGGUUGUGUGCAAGGUUCAGCAUUGGUUGUCCUUUUCAACUCUUGCUUAUUAAGUGAACCUCUUAUUUAAAGCCUAAGCCCAGAACUAUCAUAGAAAACCUUCAUACAUCGAACACAGUGUGUGUAAUAGAGCGGAUCUGUGCAAAUGAUUAUUUCCAGGGAUCAUCUUGUGUACAUUUUAUGUAAAUAUAGUGUAUAUGUGUGUGUUUAUGAAAGAAGCAAAAGAGCCAAAACAUAAUCAAUAGCUCUAAAUUAAAAUGUCACUCUUCUCUCAAUUGUGCCAUUUCUCAUACAUGUUUGUAAGCCUCGCAAGACCGUUUGAUUUGCUUUUACUUUGCAUAGACAGACAUUGUGUGUGUGUUUUGUGUGCUGUCAGUGUAUGUUCCUGAGCGUGUGCUCUGAUGUGUGUGUGUGUGUGUGUGUGUGUGUAGGUGCUGGUAUGCGUCAUAGUUAGCUGCUGUGGGACCAGAGUCUGACUCAUCCACUGUUACCGGGUGAACAGACACUGUGUUGGAGUUACCUGAAAUCUGUCUGUUUGUGUGCGUGAAAAGCAGAGUUUAGGAGAGGAAAACAUGAAGGCAUUAGGAGAGCAGAGCGAAGCACAAAGAACGGAAAAUGGAGGAGCUGGUGGUUGGAUGUAAGGCGUCUGUGAUUAGAGAAAAUGUUGGAGACUAUCGUGGGAUUUCUGAUUGAAAAAAAUGAUGCCACUGUGUCAUCUUUUACAUAAUGUUUGAUUUCCAGCCUUAAUGCAUGUGCCAAGACACUGACCAUCCGACUAACCUGUGUGAAAUUGGGGCUCCUGAGGAAAUGGAGGUAUUAUAAAUGCGUCAGAGUCAAACUGUUACCUUAAUCUGGUAAUUCACAGAAACGGAAGUAAGAAGGGGGGGGGGGUCUCAUGAAUAGAACAGGGGAGGAAGUGUGAAAGAGGCUGAUGACUCAAAGUUUUGCACUUGCGGGUUUCCGUAAAUGUGAUUUGCUGCUUUCUCACUUUGAGGUUCGAUACCGGUUUGAUAAAAUGGUGAGGGGAGGAGUGAAAGUGUGUGUGUGUGUGUGUGUGUGUGUGUGUGUGUGUGUGUGUGUGUGUGUGUGUGUGUGCGUAUCACUGUUCAUCUGUUGUGUUUCAAAUACUUAAUGUAUGAGGAAAUAAAAAUAAGUCAGAGUUGGUUUUGGUGUUUAUUGUCUACGGUAAAGAAAUUUCUGUUGGACAUGAGCUUUUGUCCAGUAGUCAUUUCUCUGUAUUCAAACACAAGGACAUUCUGGGAAUCAUCCAUCAGCUUCUCAUCUCUUUUCAUUUGAUGUGAGCUGAAAUUUACAUUUUGAAGAGUCUCAAUGUGAUUAGGCUGUUCUGUAGCAAGAGGUCUUUUUCACAAAUGUAAGCAAAGGUGACUUGAAUGGACUGACCAUCUUCAGAUGAUCUGUUACACAGAUUCUUGAAGCAUUUUGAUCAGUGAGGAAAUAGUUAGGAAAACAUUUAGCUGAAUCCUCUUUCAUUUUCAUGAAGAAAUAAUGCUAACAGCACACCGCCGUACGCCUAAGUGUCUUUGUUAGGCUAACCUCAAAGACACACACUAACAAGCUGUUUUGAAGCAGGUGUUUAUAUACAGUUGUCAACAUGGUAGUUAAGCAUUAUGCAUGCAAAUGUUUUCCAACUGACAUUCAUAGAUUCUGCAGACAUUAAGAACAAGAUGAAUUCAGAAACAAUCUAGUCAGGACUAUCAUCACAGGGAAAAUUAUCCUGAGGGACUUCCAAGUUUGGUGACAAUAAAAUGACCAGAUACCGAGUGAGAGACCACAGCUGUCACCUAUACUGUCUGAAGGUGGCGCUGUUGUAUCUGUACUAAAUCCAUGGCACUUUAGUGAAGUCAGUUAAAGGGUUAAUUUAACCUCUGACCUCUCCUUCCCUCUCUCCGUAGAUUCAGUAAGAGACUCCAACGGACGAGUCCUGGUUCACUGUCAAGCGGGCAUCUCUCGCUCUGCAACCAUCUGCCUUGCCUAUCUGAUGAAGAGGAAGCGGGUGCGUCUCGAUGAAGCGUUCGAGUUUGUGCGCAGGCGUCGCAGCAUCAUCUCCCCCAACUUCAGCUUCAUGGGUCAGCUGCUGCAGUUCGAGUCGCAGCUCCUCGCCACAUCGUGUGCCGCGGAAGCCGCCGCUACAGCCAGCCCCCUGCUGGGACCCAAGUCCUCGACAACCACCACCUCAACAUCAACGACACCAACCUCCCCGUUCAUUUUCAACUUUCCGGUCUCUGUGGUGAACCCCGCCUAUUUGCACCACAGCCCACUCACGACCUCCCCAGGCUGCUGAUGGACAGCCAAUCACAACCUCCCCUCCCCAAAAAAAACUAUCUGAGCACAGACUUGGCUGCCAUUGUCUGGAUGAGCAGUCAGUUAGACUGACUGCUGCAGGAUGUACAUGCUUCCAGGGUUGGGGAGGUGAAAAGCGUCAUGGUGCCUGAUUUCAAAACUCAAAGACUGAGAAGAAAAUCUUUUUACAGUUCAGAAACCAGCCAACGCUCCUUCCAUUUUAACACGAGAUCUCUUCAGACUGACCAAAAAUGAACUGGCUUUCAAAACCUUUCUCAGUAAACAAGCCUGGAUGGAGUGCUGGACUGACAUUUGCUGAAGUUACACCCUCUUCCUUGAGAAAACAAAACGACAACGACAACAACAACAACAACGUGCACAGAGGCUCACUGAUACACACGCCGACACGGAGAGGCAUGAACAGCAGUGAACGCUCUCUGCCUCACACACACACACACAUACACGCAUUCAUGACUACCAACUGAAUAAGCUCAGUAUGAAGACAGGGUCUGUUGCUAUGGAGACAACAGGUCUUUAGGAGAGGAGAUGGACACAGGAAGGAAGGAGGAAUUUUAAGCACCCGCUCCUUCCCCUUUUGGUGUCCCUCCUGUUUCCAGACAAAAGAGAUGGAUGGAGAAAAGAGGGGAGGAGACAGUGAUAGAAAGCAGGAGCCUCUUCAGUGACAGGUGCUCUGCCGGCGAUCCGACCGGAGCUUCCUGUCUUUCAUACGUCCUCUUCCUCCCCGUGUCUCUCACCCACACCUUCCUCUCCUCUCAUCUCCUUUUCAUCCCCUUUUUAUGCGUCCCCCUCCUCUUCCUCUCAUCUCUGCCUCUCAUCUUCACCCUGUCCACCCUCUGUUCUCUGCUCCACAUCUCCUCACUGAAGAGGCUAAAUAAAUCGAAUAAGAUGCCAAAUAAUGGCAAGGGCCCUCGCAGAUGGGCUGGGAAACCCCUAUCACAAGCCCCUCCUUCACACUGUAGGACGCCCUACCUGCCACAUCACGAAAAAGUUGGUUGAGCCUGUAUGAAGUCUUUCUUCACAGGCUCAGUUUUAGGAGCACAGUGGCUUUUGGAGAUGCCUAAGACAAAGACAGAGCUGCUUAAAGAACCAUGCUGGUGGUCCGGUAUGUUUUAACCCGUUAUAAAUAAUUUUUUGCCUUACGGUUGACCAUUUUCCAAAACAUAUUUUACUUUUUAUACGUGGAUAUUUGUUCAUUUCUGUAGGGGACUUCUAUGAACUGAAAAACGUCGGCUCCUAUGCUUUGAAAAAUGGUAAUUAUUUAGCGAAUGGGGAUAAAUGUGCACCAGCAGUGGGUCUUUUAAGAUGUUUGUGCCUUGUUCAUAAAGGUAUCCCCCGGACUUUGGUGUUCCUGGAUUUGCCAAUGAAACAAUACUUUUCCAUAGCUGCUAGAGAACAUAAAGCUGAAUGUUAGUCAGCCUCAGCAGUGCAGUAGAGCCUCGUUUUUCCUCACUGAACUCACAGUUGGAUACAAAUGCACACAAACACACCCUAGACUCAGUUUCAUUCGGCAUCAGACGACAACAUGUAUGAAAAGCAAUGCUCGAAUGGGUUUCUGAAACUGAAGAGAGUAACUUCCUAAUCUGUAAAUGGACAUUCAGAUGUUAAAGUGAGACGAUAAUCAGCUGAAAAUGAUCGUGGUCGUGUGUUUCUUUUCGCUGUGGGCUCCGUCUUCAUCAGAGGAACUUUUAGAGGCAAUACUUUCUCAGAUUUACAUCCUUUGGUGUUUUCACAGAUCCUCAAACUGUAGCUGGUUUUUUUAAAAGACUGGAUAUUCAAAAUGUUUUUUACACUCUGCUUUAAAAACAUCAGGGACACUCAGUGUUGCUCCUUGUGAGGAAAACCCAGGAAAAAAAAAAAUCAAACAAUCAUCGAUUGAUUUCUCACAUUUAGAAUCUGUGCUGAAAAUGGAGGACGGGGGGAAAAAGAAAGAGGUGUCGGCUUUUGUGGCUUUAACCCAAUAACAGGAAGUUGUCCUUAAGUUCAUACUUCAUACUUUACACGCAUACUUUCUGUUUGUACCACAACCAUAACCCUGUUUACGCAGGCCUGUCCAAAGUUCACUGUGUAGCAUUUUGUAGAGUCUUGCAGUACUGUACUUACAAUCUGUUCAAGGAAAGCAGUGACAGCAGUGACACCCAAGCUUUAUUUCAAACCCCUCUUUAUAUUACAGUCUGAAAUAACGUGUGGAGCGCUCUGCCUUUAAAACAGACGAAGCUCUGCGCUCUGUGCUCAACAUCCAAAGGCACAAAGUCCAACCGAGGUUGGUUUUUGUUUUACCUUGGUCCCCAUUUUCGCACAAAACAAACAGACAGAUACACACACACACAUGUACACAGGGUUCAAAGUAAACAAGCGUUUGUGUUUUUGAAGAUUGUCGGCACCUAUCUCUGUAGCACUUUGAAGUGAUGCAAUACUGUAUUUAUAAUUUAUGACUAAUUUGUACAUCAUGGUUUUGAUGGGCUGGUUUAACUUUGCAUUAAGUGAUCUUGUGGAUGUAAAGUGAGGAACAGAGAGUGAGAAAAAAGAGAGCCAAUCAGUAAAAAAGGCAAUACUUUCUACACAUUGUUUGGUACCUGUCUGUCUGUCCGUCUGUCCGUCUGUCUGUCUGUCUGUCUGCCUCUCUGUGUUAGUCCAUCUGUCUUGACUGUCUUUCUGUCUGGUCGAUGCUGUUUACCCAUCAUGGCAAUAUCAAUCCUCCACUUGGACAUUUAUAUAUAGAAAAAAAUAACAAUUUUCCCUCAAUUUUGUUGUGGAACGAAUGAUCUGUGCAUUUAUUUAUUAAUGAAGAGCCACUGUUGAAUAAACAAUGUUCUUAAUGAAGCCUG